AUGCUGCCGCUAGUUGUGACGCUGUUGAUCUUCGCCUGUUCCCAAAGGUCUCAUGCCACCGGCUUUGACACCGGCGAAUGUGGGCGAACGAAAGGCUGCUUUCUGCCUGAAGAUCUCGAAUGCUACAAUGGAUGUAGUGGAAUGCGAUUUUCAUGGAUACUAAUCGAUGAAGGACUUAUGAAAUUCGAAAUUACCGUGGAUGCGAAUUCUUCGAAUGGAAUCUACGUUGCGGUGGGAUUCUCCCAUGAUGACAUGAUGGGAGAUGAUAGCGUGAUCGAAUGCUCGUCAAUUCAAGGUGAAGCACUUUCAUUGAAAUUAUCCUACAACAUUAACGGAACCACCGAUAACUCUACGGAUGGAGAACCGACAAAUCGACGAUUAUCGAAUAAUGGUUCCGAGUACUUUUCCCAGUCAUUGACAUCAUUCACUAACGGAACCGUCUACUGUGCUGGAGUUUUAAACAUCACAGGAGCUGUGGAAGCGGGUCUUCUGGAUUUUGAUCCUACCAACUAUUAUUAUUUGCUGAUGGCAAGUGGACCAACGGAUAAGAAAGGUCUCCUCCGUCACAUUCACAGUGUCGCAACACCAACGGCAUUGCAGCUAAUAAAUAUUGUUCCUGACUUUGAUACUGAUCCAUGCGGGAUAUCGAAAGGAUGUUAUUUGGCUACAAAUGAAGACGGUACACUCAAUGGAGUUGCAGUUUCUUAUAGGAUGCUCAACAGCUCUUUCGUUGCCUUCGAACUGACCGCUCCAGCUGAUAGCAAAAAUGACGUCUUCGUAGCGGUUUCGUUUUCAACUUCUAGGCAACUGGCGAACACCUCGUCGAUAGAGUGCUCUUCAUUGGGUAACGAGUCCAUGUCGAUGAAAUUUUCAUACAACAAUGAGUAUGAGAACAAUGUUCGCAUUGCUGGGGAGAAGGCCGUACGAGCUACUUACUUCACGCAAGAAAUUGCUGUUUUCCAAAGUGGUAAAAUUCAUUGCUCAGCUAUUGUGAACGUACAGGGAUCAUUAGUUAGUGACGAGAUUUUCACAUACACGCCACGACCAUAUUAUCUGAUCCUUACCACGGGUAAUGCUGUUGCGAAUGGAUUACUCCCGCCAAAUUCGACUUCAACAUCUUUACUUCCCAAGGAUUUAUCACAAAAUGAGAUCGACUUCUCAGCUUCCACAUGUGGAGUCAUGAAGAGUUGUGUGCUACCCGACCAGUGCUAUGGAGGAUGUAAUGGAAUGGGAUUCUCAUACAAGCUUCUUUCAAAUUCUUUGAUGAAAAUCGAGCUAUUCUCAGUGCUGGCCGGCAAGAACCAGUAUGUAGCGGUGGGAUUCUCAAAUGAUGACAAAAUGGGAAAUGAGUCCGUAAUCGAAUGUUCAGCUAUGGGAAAUGAACGGUAUAGCUUAAAAUUUUCCUACAAUAACGCCACACCCAGCAAUGUUCGUAUUUCAGGAGAAGAGAACAUCCGUGCUUCUUAUUUCACGCAAACUAAUACGAUAUCAGCUGAUGGAGAGCUGUACUGUACGGCUAUUGUUAAUAUUUCAGGAUGGAGCCAGAAUAAAGAGGUGUUCACCUAUGAUUCCUCUCAACCGUAUUAUAUUCUAUUAGCGAGCGGUUCCACUAAUGACCAAGGACUCAACGUGCACAGUCAUGCAGUCGUAUCAUCAUCACGUUUCUUGGGUGCGGACGACACUCCGGGUUCCUUCAAUAAUUCUUCGUGCGGAUCAACUAAAGGCUGCUUCACCGCCAAUACCGGAAACGGUAUGACGGUCUCUUAUCAGGUCAUCUCACCAGAAUCGAUUCGAUUUGAACUCACAAUGAAAACCAUCGCCACUGCUUCUGUGUAUUUAGCCGUGGGAUUCUCUUCAGAUAACAAAAUGGGUCAGGAAAGCGUUAUUGAAUGCUCAGCACUCACUGGUCAAUCACUCUCGAUGAAGUUCUCCUAUAAUCCCACGACAAAAAAUGUUCGAAUCCCAGGAGAGGAGAAUAUUCGUGGACAAUAUUUUACUAACGCGAAAGCCGCAAUUAGCGAUGGUGUGAUGUACUGCUCGGCGUUGGUUAAUGUUUCUGGUUGGCCUUCUUCGAUCGGUCAGGUGUUCAAAUACGAUCCGGAAGAGAAAUAUUUUCUACUUCUAGCCGCUGGUUCCGCUAUUAGCUCAGGUCUCACCCAACAUUCCAUCACUGCUGUGUCGAGUCCUCGUCUCUUGUCCGAUUACCAAGCAAACGGUUCCGAUGGCAUGAGUGCAACGACUAAGAUGCGAUUGAUACGAGCACACGCGAUUCUGAUGCUUCUUUCUUGGUUCUUCUGCGUUCCGACUGCGGCAAUGUUCGCUCGGUUUCUCCGGACAAGUUGGCCAACAUUAAAACCUGGAGGUCUACUAAUUUGGUUCCAUGUUCAUCGUUCCGCCAACACACUUGCCAUUGCCCUAUCUAUAUCGUCUUUCAUCUGUAUUUUAGCGGCCAAUAACUGGGAUUGGACUGGUCCAGGCUCUCAAUCCAGUAAAUGGGGUAAAACACAUUCGAUGGUCGGAAUAUUCGCACUGGGUCUCUGCUGGAUUCAGCCAUUUGUAAGCGCAAUAAGGUGUAAUCCUGGACAUCCUCGUCGACCAUUCUUCAAUUGGGUUCAUCGUUGUAUUGGAGUUAUUGCGAUGAUAUUGGCUACGACAACUGUUUGUAUCGCAGCAGAUCAUUUCGUGGGAAUUUGGCCUCAUCGAGUUGCUCAGAUUAUUUUGUCAUUAAUGCCAAUAACGUUGCUCAUAAUAUUGAGUGUAUUAUUUUUAUUCUUGGACAAAUUCAUCGAUGUUAAUGAGUUAAAUUUCCAGAAAAUCCACCGAAUUCGACAACUAAUUGUUUAUGUGGGCGUCACUGCGAUGGCUGGAAUCACCAUCACGUUGUCCGUAUUUGUUGGGAUUGGAGCAUAA